AUCCCUAAAGUUAAUAAAUGUUUGGACUACUAGAGUGUGUGAAAAACAUUAAACAAUUAAACAUAAUUUGAUUUGAAAGUGCGAGUCUACUCAUACAGAGCUAUAAUUAGCUAGGCGAAUCGGGCGCCAUUAGUUUACAAAGCAAUGAAAUUGUUGACAGUAGUUUGACACGGGUUAGAGUGUUGUCGGUGACUUAAGUUGGGUCGGAAGCAGAGGAGAGGAGAGUGUACGAGAUGUCGGUGACGACCACAACCACGACGAUGCUGAGCGCGCGGCGCGGCGCCGGCCCCGAGCCCCGCAUCAACGGCCUGCUCAAGCACCCGCAGCCGCCCACAGACCUUCCCUCGCUGAGAUUCGCGGCGCCGUUCAGCACGGACCCGAUAGCGGUGGCGGAGCGCGAGCGCUGCGCGUACGGUCGCGUUUCGCGCGCGGCUGCCGCGGCGGGCACGGCGGCCCGCCGCGUGCGCGUCUACUCGGAUGGCAUCUACGACAUGUUCCACGAAGGUCACGCGCGCCAGCUACAGCAGGCCAAAGCUGCCUUUCCCAACGUUUAUCUCAUCGUCGGAGUGUGCAACGACCAGCUGACGCACAGUCGCAAGGGCCGCACGGUAAUGACGGAGGACGAGCGCUACGAGGCCGUCCGCCACUGCCGCUACGUCGAUGAGGUGGUGCGGGACGCGCCGUGGGAAUACGACGAGGCGUUCCUGGAGAUGCACAAGAUCGACUUCGUGGCGCACGACGACAUCCCCUACACCACUGAGGACUGCGACGACACCUACGCCAUGAUCAAAGCCAAGGACAUGUUCGUCGCCACCGAGCGCACCGAAGGCGUGUCGACGUCGGACAUCGUGGCGCGGAUCGUGCGCGACUACGACAUCUACGUGCGGCGCAACCUGGCGCGCGGCUACUCCGCCAAGGAGCUCAACGUGUCCUUCCUCAACGAGAAGAAGUUCCGCCUGCAGAACAAGAUGGACGAGCUCAAGGACAAGGGCAAGAAGGUAAUGACGAACAUCGGCGAGAAGCGCGUCGACAUCCUGACGAAGUGGGAGGAGAAGUCGCGCGAGCUGAUCGACGCGUUCCUGCUGCUGUUCGGGCCGGACGGGCGGCUGUCCAGCAUCUGGAACGAGUCCAAGGGGCGGCUCAUGCAGGCGCUCAGCCAACCGCCGUCGCCGCGCGCCUCGCCGCCGCCCAGCGAGAACGGCGACGACUCCCAGGACCGCGCGCUCGCGCUCGCCUCCGCCCACGCCUCCGCGCCCGCGCUCGCGCGCGCCCUUGCACACGCUCGCGCGCAUAGAAGCUCAGCUUCGCCGCCGCCACCCAAAUCGCGCCGUUACGAGACGCUGUGGGAGCCGCAAGCAGAUGCGUCGAGCUCUGAAGGGCUGGGGGCGGAAGCGGCCGCACUCCGCCAGCUGACGGACGACGGCUCGGACAGCGACGAUGACUACCAGGACACCAGCGCCUACCUCUAGGCUCAGCCACAGCCGCAGCCGCUACCGUCACCGCCACCGAUGUACAUUGUACCAAUAUCCAUUGUCGCCAAACCCACUAGCAAAUCUACUUUGUAACAACGAACAGCGUUAUAUCUGUAGAGGAUAAUAUGUUUUCCUGGAAUCACUUAUGUAUCUUAUACCGGAUGAGCCAGUUUCUAAAGGUAAUCGGAGUUAGAAAUAGCACCCCCUCGAGUAACAAACAGUAAAAUGUCUACUUAGCCUAGUAAAAUGCCGUCACGUUUGACCGGUAGCAAGGUUCCACGUGCCUCUAGUGACUGACACUAGAGUGCGCUGUCGUACUUGAUCUCUGAGCGGUGAUACUCAAGUACGAAAAUAAAAUAAACAUUUAUAACUCAUAAAGCUUCUCGUCUGAUCUAUUCUAACUUCGCUUUUUAGGGUUCCGUACGCAAGGGUAAAAUCGAGACCCUAUUACUAAGACUCCACUGUCUAUUUGUCUGUCACCAGGCUAUAUCUCAUGAAUCGUGAUAGCUAGACAGUGAAAUUUUCACAGAUGGUGUAUUUCUGUGGGGCUCCCAUACAACAAAUGUGAUUUUCUUGCCUUUUUUUAAAUAAUGGUACGGAACCCUUCGUGCGCGAGUCUAACUCGCACUUUUGGAGCAUAAUCACACGCGAUUAGGUAGACCUACAUGUGGCUAAGACAAUAAAAAGGGUAAUCUGAUUAACUGACGUAUGAAUACAUGAUUAGUCCCUAUAGCCUUAUUUUAAGGCAGCAAUGAAAUAAUUUCACAAAAAUAGGGGCCAAUAACUGUACCUAAUUUAAUGAGCCAAUCAUUGCGUAGUUUACCCUAAUUCCUUAGUUCAUAAAAAUAAACAUAUCGGGGCCCAUAUCUCGAACGACAUUGACAUCAAACGAAUGUUAUUAGUCCAUGAACUGUCAAACACUUUUUCCAUGACAAUUAACACACUAAUAAUAUUUAGUAUAUAUGUCGGCAGCGAACGUAAAAUCAGACAAAUCAUGAAAUUCCUAGGCAUAUCGUGAACAGUGAAAAUCAUUGUAUCGUUCCCCGAGGGCCUACCGCGAACCACGUUUGACGUGUUGCCUCUCUGCCGCACUUGUACAUUCGUACGUAAGUGUGUCAGGGAGGCAUCAUGUAGAACGUAGUCCGCGGUAGACCCUCUGAGUCGACGGAUAGCGGGGCUCCUAUUUCUGGACAAUUUGCCCUUCGAGCAUCUGAAGUAACUAAACGAACCUAUCCUACCUAUCUAUUGAUUUAAUGUGACUAUUAGGCAUAGAAGUUUUUGUGGCAAAAUAAAGUGAUUGACAAAGUGAAAUAUCGACAUGUCUGUUAUCAAUGUUACCUUAACGUUAUAGAUAGGUAUUUAUUACAUUUUCUAAGAAGAUAGCUACCGCAAAAUACACAACACGUUCGAUCUUUAUUUGCUUUUGAAUUCUAGUAUGGUAGUUUUCUAUUCUUUCGGCACUGUAUACUGCAGUUUACGUUUUCAUUUUUAAGUACUAAAUAUAUGUACAUAUUUAUGUAAUAAAGAAAUUAUGUACUUACCGCUUUGUAAUUGAUUUGCAUUCUUGAAAUAUCUCGUUAACUUACAUACAGCAAGUAGAAGUUACAUAUUUUAAAUAUUAAUCCAUGACUUAUCGAUAACAGAUUUAUCGAUGUUUUAUUUUCUC